AUGGUUUCCCUUCAUUUCAUUCCCUUUAUAUUUGCCCUUACUUUCAUUUUAUUCCUUUCUAUAAUUACCGCUAAUCAAAAUGAUCAAAAUGAAACCUCAACACCUCUCAAAAAACAGGGCUUAAAACAUCAUAAACCGCAUUACAUUAACAGACCUCCACAUCGUUUAAGGUACCAUUAUAAAUCGGAUUCUAACCAUUUUGAAAAUUCUAAACAUCCUAUAAAUCAUGAUCAUCCGGAACAUUUUAAUAAUCUUGAAUAUCCUCAAGAUACUAAACAACCCGAACAUUCUAAAGAUCUCGAUUAUGCUAAAAAUCAUAAAGAUCUUAGAUAUUCCACAACUAAUAAAAAACCUAUAAUCCAUAAGCGUAAUAAGGAUUCUUCUCCUGGCACAACAAAAAAUCAGAACGGAAAUGCUGACACCAGUGAUCAGGCAGAUACUGACACAACAAAAAAUCAGAACGGAAAUGCUGACACCGAUAAACAUUAA